AUGCGAUAUACUCUUCGAGAGGACGGGCUAACGCCUCUACCACGCCCACACGCCCACCCUCUACCACGCCCUCACGCCCACCCUCUACCACGCCCUCACGCCCACCCUCUACCACGCCCUCACGCUCACCCUCUACCACGCCCUCACGCCCACCCUCUACCACGCCCACCCUCUUCCACGCCCACCCUCUACCACGCCCUCACGCCCACCCUCUACCACGCCCUCACGCCCACCCUCUACCACGCCCUCACGCCCACCCUCUUCCACGCCCUCACGCCCACCCUCUACCACGCCCUCACGCCCACCCUCUACCACGCCCUCACGCCCACGUCGCCACGCCCACACUGGGGAAAUUUGGCCACCUACUCUUGGCACUGGGUGUUACUUCCUUCCCAGUGCCGUUGCAUCAGUAGAAAUAGACCACAGGUCGGGUGA